GAUUAACAAACAACCAGCUAACUAAAAGCUAACGUCAAGACCAGACACACAUCUCAGACGGCGGCUGGUUAGUUUUGCUCUACCUAACGCCUCAUCAGUGUCUGUCAGCCUUCAGAAAGACGUCCACACUCUAAUGGUGGCCUCAGUUCAAUGGGGAACUGUCUGUUUUCUCAAGGUGCGGAUGAUCUGUCGCUGCUGAACGAGUCCGAGGGGGGCAGUCUACCCGGAGAGCCUCCGCCGCCCUACGAGGAGCACACCCAUCCAGUGCCUGUGUACCAUCCCAACCCAGGUGAGAGUCGUCUGGCUAGUCAGCUGACGGAGGAGGAGCAGGUCCGCAUCGCCCAGCGCAUCGGCCUCAUCCAUCACCUGCCCAGAGGCAUCUUCGACCCGGGCUCUGACCCUGCUGACAAGAAAGUUAAAGAGUGUGUGAUCUGCAUGAUGGAUUUUGAGUACGGCGAUCCCAUUCGGUUCCUUCCUUGCCUUCACAUCUACCACAUUGACUGCAUUGACCCCUGGCUGAUGCGCUCCUUCACCUGCCCCUCCUGCAUGGAACCAGUUGACGCAGCGCUGCUAUCCACUUACGAAACUAACUGAGCAGCCCCUGGUGGCUGCUCCUGCCUAAAAGUAACUGCACCUUUUUAGCCAAAACUGUCUUAGCUGUUCAAACAGGUAGCCAAGGUAAGAUGGUAUUAUGCAGAUCUCUGGAGCGUGUUUAAGAAUGCAGAAAGAUGUUGAAAGCUGUACCCGACAGUACAUUUGUUUGGUCUGAUAUGUACAGAUUUGGGCUUUUGAAACUCUUUGCCUUUUACAGUACGACAGUGUGCCAAAUUAAGUGAGAUGAAGAAUAUGGAAAGCUGUCCAAGUAGCAAAAUAUUACUCCAAAGUAAUUUCAUGUUUAUAUGACUGACUUUUAUUUUUUAAUUUGGGAUUUUUAAGGUAAUUAGAUGCAUUUCACCAAUGUCAUUUACCUCCUCUUUCAAGAUGUAAUGUGCAAUAGGUAAUAUGAAUAGAGAGGAUGCAGAAAACUGUGGUCUUAGUGAGCAUCAUUUUUUGUCACAAAGGCCAGUGAAAGUUAUAGUGUUAUUCAAAUCAACCUGUGGCCUUCAUUGCCUUCCCCCACGUCUACUGAAAUGCAAUCAUCAAUCAGUCUGAAAAACAACCUAAGUCUGUCCUGAGCAGAGACUUGAGGUCCCAUAACCAUUUAUGGUGUCAUUUCAGCUUUUGAUUUGAAGAUUGGUUAUACUUUAUUUGUCUCGCGUUUUGUUGUCUGUACUUAAGUUUUUCCUUCUAAGCUGCUUUUACAGAUGUGGAUCUGUUUUUUUGCCUUUCCACAAUAUCGAGCCUCUCUUUGCUUUUCCUCUGUUUUGUUUCUUGUGUCUGUGUGU